GUGUACGGCGCCGCCACGUGCUCUGCACCGUGUGUUCAUCAUAUCAAGGCUGCUGGUGGGAACUCAAGGCGUUUUGUGAUUGGUCAACUGUGCUGUCAGCUUGUGACGAAGUUGAUACUCGGGUGGAACACUUUUGGGCAAGUUGCGCGUGUUGAGCGAUGAACAGGCGGACAUGAUGAGCAAGUUGUGGACCGUCGCCGAAGUUGUCGUUCGUACCGCCGGGACAGCUCAUUAAUUUAACCGCACGCAUAUGUGGCAUGUUUGUCAGAAUGGAGCAUGCAGUGGCAAACAAAAACAAGUUGGACGCAACCAAGUUAGAACAUCAGAACUGAAGUCUUAAACACAAGGCAAGUUGAAACCGCCAUCAUGAGUUCUGGAAAGCAUGACAUCAAGAAGAAGGGGCGCCCCAAGAAACUUCGCUCCCAGGUUGCCCUGCCUGGUCCCUGGCGCAACUCCUCCUGGGUCAACAGCUUCGGAGGGAAGGGGGCUAGCCCUCUGAAAUACCAGGAGGUCAGCCCUGGCUUCGUCCUGAGACAGCUCCUGGUCUUGAUUGAGAAGGGCAAGUUCAUCGACGCCUCGCAGCUGGUCAACAAGAUCACCAUGGAUGCCCUGAAGGACGUCGUGAAGGACAUUCCCAUUGAGUCGACCAUUGAGUGCAUUCCACAGUCGCUCAUCCUGUUAGAGAGUCUGUACUCACGGCUCUUUAUCAGCGAUGCCGACAACUUCCCCGUCGAGCAGUUCCAAGUAGAGGUUAUGGUGUUCCACAUUGUGCGUUACUUGUCUAUGCUGCAGAGCUCCAUGGAGUAUAAGUAUCCAAAGCCGGAGGAUGCCAAGAAGUCCAUCAUGAACAUUUUGAGGAUUGUCCUGCACGUGAACCCUGACCUGGUGCGGACUCUCUACAAGCGGAAGAAGCUUAUGGACACGGCGCUCCAGGGCAUAGGGGAACAUGGCCUGAUUGAAAUGAACGGGUCACUCGUCAGCCUCCACGAUGCCUUGAAGCGGGAGAUUGGGAGGAACAUAACAGCCUACCGGGGUGCCGUCAACACCCUGGAGCACUUGAGCUUCUCCCGCACCAAGCCCAUCUCGCUCGCCCUCAACGGCGACAAGAAAUCGAGCCACGGUCACAACCACCAGGCCCUGACAAAGCUGAAUGAGAGCCAAGUCAAGAGCCGCCUAUUCAAGAACAAGGCCCUACUGAACGCCAUCGAAUCCAGCAUCAACAGCCAGCUGCCGGCCCUGGUGGCCACCCUCAAAAACCGCAUCGAGUAUGACAAGAGUGCCCUGCUGGCCUUUGGGAAACUGAAGUCGGAAAUCAAGACGUUCUCCUCCCACACCAAAGUGGUCCCCCUCCUCGCGCAAUACUCCAGCAGCCUGCAUUCGGUGCUUAACAUGUUCAAAGAGCUACUGGACGAGCACUGCGUGUCAGACAAAAGCUCCUAUUCUACCCUGGGUUACCAUAGCGAUGAGGAAGACAUGCUCAGUGUACAGGAAGCGGCUGAUGAUAAUGUGAGCCCAAAGCCAGUUGAACAACCAGAAACAGAAGAAAAUACCCCCAAGGAAACGCCCCCGGCCGAUCCGAUCGAGCAGAUCCUGAAUCCACUGCUGGGCGAGCAGACUAGCCUGGACAAGCUCAGCCUUCCGGGGGAGGAGGCUCCAGAGAAGCGCUCGCGCUGGUGGAAUCACCACAAGCGCAGUCGCUCUGUGGACGUCGGUGGCAACCGCGGGGGCCAGCGCCGCAGGCUGUCAGCUGGCAGUGAGUCUGGGGUGCUGCGUUCACGCAGCAGGUCCGCGGACCGCAUUGCCAUCUCCAAGCCGCGCCGGGAGAGUGUGGAAGAGAGCCAGGAGUUCCAGACGAUGAUGACCAGGAUCCGGGACAUGUCUGCCUCAUCACCAGCAAUCGGCCGUCGUCAGUUGGAACGCCGUGGUAUCAGCCAACCACGGAGUAGAGAUUCCUCCAUCUCGCCGGCUGCUCUCCGAAAACAUUUCUUUGGGGGUGGAUCGCAAAGCCCUUCCAUGAGUUCUCAGACUGAUUUGAAAGACGAUCUUGAUCCUCUAUACGCCACCAUCAAGCCAAAAAGUCAGAGGACCAAGAGCUCCGACAAGGAGGCCUCGAAAGAUGACAAGGACCUGUCCCAGAGACUGGAAGAUGCGCUGAAGGAGCGAGAUCACCUGGCCGAGCGAGAGAAGAAGCUGGCAAAGGAGAACGAUCGGCUCAAGGACCUGCUGCGCCUGGUCACUAUGGAGAUGGAGAAGAUGAAGGAGGGGCGGAGUGAGUCAGCCAAUGAUGAAGUUUUCCUGCUUUCACCCGAUUCUGUUGAAAAUGGGCCAAGAGUAGCAGCUGAGCUGGCAUUAGUGGCAAAUCCAGUGGAGGGAUUCGUUGUGUCUUCCGGUGCUGGUAGUAGUGUCUCAGAUGGGGUCUCCCCGGUCUUGUCCGAAGCGAUUCCUGUCCCAGAGCAGUUUGCAACUCCAGACCCGGUUGCAUCAGCUGAAUCUCCCGAUUCACCUUCAGAGCAAGUGUAUAUCCUGUCAACAGAUCAGCCAAACCGGUCGCCACCCCAGUCAAGAAAGACGGCCUCCUUUGUUGAGCAGCAGAAGGCUGUCCUGCGAGAGCAAGCUGAGCGUCUGAGUCAGUCUUUCUCCAAAAUUCACCACCAACCACCAGAGGAGCUGCCUGAGUCUAUUGUCAAGCAGCGGAAGGCGUCCUUUGAGCGACAGGUACAGGCUUCUCAGCAGGAACCCUCCAAGUCCCCACCUCAAGUCAAACGCCUUGCUAAUCUUGAUGAGAAGCCUGAUGUGCCAAGUUUAGCCGCACCACAAGAGCAAGUCUCUUCUGAUAAACAGGAGGAAGGACGUGGAGAUCUAGAAACAGUCAAGCCAUCACAGAAUGAGACAAUUCAGGUAGGGUCUUCCUCUGAUGAUGAACAAUCACCUGCACCUUCUGCCGGAACAUUGCAGCCUGAUAAUGAGCCACGAGAGCCUGUUGUAAAGCAGGAAUCACUAACUGAGCCCACAUCCUCCAUGGACUACCAGGAACCUGCAGAAUCUCCGGCCCCAAUUGAUGAGCCUCAACCCACUGCCCACAAGAAUGCUAAGUCAGCCGUGUUGUUCAACCAGCCCCACCUGGCCCCAAUUCCCGAGACCUCCUCCCCGGUUCUCCACCUCAAGUCCGCCAGCCUGGUCAAGCAGGCCAGGUCACCGGACGGCUCCAACAACCGUCCCUCCAAAAAAGUGGAACAGAGAAAGAGCAAGACUACCCACACCAACCGCCACCUGCCCAAGAAUAUCAUCCGCGGUGUGAUGGACGAUUUGCUAUACGACUACGACAAGUUGUACUCUGAGCAGCGGGCCGUUGCCUGGACAGGUCUCACCAUCCCUCCCGAGGACAAAGAUGCCUUGCUCUUCUCAGUCAUUGUGUUUGCCUUCCAGAGUGCCCAGACCACCAUCCACGAGCUCCACAUGGCCAGGGCCCGGAUGCUGCUGAUCCCUACCACGGACGAUGAGGAGAGCGUCAGCAGCUACACCAUGGACAUCCGGCCGGACAACAGGUCGCAGGUGGAGCUGCUGGAGCACCUGCGCAAGAUGGGCGACUCUUUCGACCUCAAUCCCAUGAUAACGGACAUCCUGGAGCGGCUGUAUGAGACAUCAGAGCAUGCCCCCCUCCUGCAGAGCUCCGCCCCACUCACAAAGUUUGUGACCAGCUGCGUCAGCCUGGCCUGGCAGCUGUCUAUCCAGAGCGCCCCCUAUGUCAUCGACUUUGAGCUGCGAUCCUUUGACGCGUCCCUGCACCAGCGGGCACAGGGUUGCAACCGGAAGAGCGCCCGGGUCAAGGAGCACAUCUGGCCCUCGCUCCUGGAGUCCUCCAAGGGCAUGUGCGUUUACAAAGGGGUGGUUAUCACGUGAUGGCAGACCGCAACUGGAGCAGCAAGGCCUGGUUUCCAUAUCAACGGAAAGUUUGGCAGAUAGAGCAUUGCUGAGCAGUUUCCGACGAUACGCAACCAUUUGGAAAUAUUUUAUCCCUACUGAUGUAAACAGGGACAGCGACAGUUGGCAAAGUUGAACUUGGUUCAACUCUGCUGUCUGCGUUCAAUCACCAGAGUAGGCCUGUACAAACACCCACGCUGGUAUGACGGUCAUAGUGCCACUCAUUUUGCCAAUUUUGUCUUUAUUCCUAACACAUGCAGGACCCAGUUCUGAACAAAAUAGCUGACUUUUUGGGGGGUGGAAUGACGUCACAAAGCAUGUGUUCUGCAACUGUGUUUUUUUGGUCUUGCGUGCGGUCGGCAAAUGUGACAACCAUAUGGAAACCAGGCUUAACUUGGGUUGAAGGAUUUAAAAAGUGGAAGCUUGUACGGAUGCAAAUGUUGAUUGCAUACAAAUCUGUUGUCCAAAUAGCUAGGUCUCGGUCUUGUUUCCACUGGAAAUACGUGAGGCCAUGCUGACCAGAGCUCUAGAUGCCCAUUUCCGACAGUUUUUGUCCCAUCAAUUUAUACAAGAAUUAACUUUACUAGUCAUGGAAUCCUCCGAGCUUGGUCUAAGCUCUAAGUAGAGACAAGUUGAUAGACUACUCUAAACAUUUAGUUUAUGGUCCCAGGGUAUAAUUAUGGUGUCUAGCCUGACCCAGACCUGCAGAGAGAGUAGUGGCAAGUUAACGUCAGACUUCGGAACCAAAAUGGCUGCUCAUUUAGUGUGCAGUACAGCAUGCAGCUAUUGUGAGCUAAUUGUGCAUUUUCACUAACGCAUAAUCCACGAUAUUGGUUCCAACAAUUGAGUCAUGCAUGUCGCAACUCUCUUUACAUGCAGUACAGCUCUUGGCCUGACCUUUUCCCAUGCUGGAAACCGUUCCUUUACAUUCUGGUAUAAUGGCCAUCACUCUGCGAAGCAGAAUCAUUCUAUUCCCGACUUCAUGUACAUCUAGUUCAGCUGAUUUACAGUAAACAACUGCCACUUGUGAGGAACUAGCUCAGGUGCACACUUUGCAGGUGUCUCUUUUAUAUUCAGUUGCCUCUUGGAUUUAUGCAAAUCUUAACAAAAUUGGGAAAAAAUUACCAUGACCAGAACAUAUCUUGGAGGUGUGCUUCCAAUUCUGUGGAAGCACGCCUCCACAGUUAGAUGCACGAACGUGUAGAGUAAUAUCAUAUCUUUAUUUGCUAAAACUCUCAACAGCUAGGGUGGCCUAUUUUUGAAGUAUAGGGGGCGGUAUUAUUCUGACCAAACAGAAAUUUCCAAGAAGCAAAAACUUUAACUAGAUUUUUCUCAGUUUCAUAUCUGUGUGGCAUAUCAGGUUCAAGCAUGGGGCCACAGAAUUGGUUUAGUGCUUCUGUCGUACACAGGUUCUAAUAAUAUUGCUCUCCAUCAGUAGUUUUUUUCAGCAACAUCUAUUUCUGUGAUUGUAUAUCCAUUGUUGUAAUCUCACUGCAAAAUGCAUAUCAUGGCAAUGAAGGUUUACAUUUUGUAUACAAGGAAAAUUUGGUAAUUAUAAAUUGAUUAUUAUAUAGCGGUUUUGAUACUUGGUACAAAUUCCAGCUUUGUUUGUUGCAUAUGGGUAAAUAUUAGCAAAAUCAGUCGGUUCAGUUUGGUAAAAAAAAUGCAGAUAAGAACAGAUUUCAUGGAAGAAUACUCAGAAAGACUGGCUUUGCAGUGGCAAGAGACUUGACAUAAUUGUAAAGGCAAGUUAUGAAACUUUCCUGCAAUUCGACUCUCAAGACCUUUUUUUAGCAACUGCAACUGUGCCCUCAUUUCUACUUGUUUAACCACAGAUAUUGAGUUAGCAUGACAGUAACUGUCUUCGAAAACAGUUUCUGAAAAAAAAUGACCCAGAAUAUUUCUGAUUCUUGACAGGUUCAAGGGUGCACUAGCUGCAUGUUGUGCACCUUCGCUGAAAGUCAAGCGUUGACAGAUUUAAAUCUAGCCUUGAAGAUAGAUACAUAUCUGUUUACUUGGGGCUUUGAAAAAUGCAUGGGUAAGGUGUUUUGGGAGUGCUUUAAAUUGUAGUUUUAGUAUACAUGUACUUUGGCAAUUUCAAAUUAUAAUUUUCAAUAUUUCUGUGGCAAUUGCAUUUUCCCAGAAUUUUUUUGCCAGGCAAGGCCUGAAUAUGAGCCGCACAACUUUCUGUUAUUUUUUUGAGAAAUAUUCAGGCUGUUUUAUUUUUUCUUAUGCUAAAUUAACAUUCAAGAGUUAUCAAAAUUUUUAAUUUCUUGGCAAUUCUGUUAAUUUUUUUUUUUACGUUUUUGUUCUCCAGAUGUCCUUGGAAUAUUUCAUUUUCUGGCAAUUGAAGUAUUUCAUUUCUCUUUACAGACAAGACUGUCAUCUUGUAAAUAUGUUUCCCCCAUAUUUCUUUGGAUGUGAGCUUUCCUGUUUUCUCUUAAAACUAAAGACAAUAAGACUAUAGUCUUUGAAAUAUA